AUGCCCUUGCUUGACCCUCGUGAGGGGCAGCAUAUCAAGUGGACAGAAAGAGAGAAGCAGCGAAUGAAAGAGAUCACCGAGGUGAUGAAGAAGGAGCUUGAAUCCUUUGCUGAGAGGACGCAACGAGGUCUUGGCGAGCGAACGGUGGACGAAGAGUUGCCAACAACAUCUUCCAAGGCAAAGAAACUACUUGUUUCCUCCUUAACCCAUACUUACCCUAGGGCCGAAGCUGGAUCACGCCAAAUCUCCACAUUGGGCUACUUGAGUAUUCCUGGCUGGUACACAGAUUCGGAGGGCCAAGCCGUUACCCCGGAUCGAGAGAGGCAGGUGAUCAUCAAUAGUAACAUCUGCCACCAGAUCCUCGAGGAAUUCCAUGCUCUGCGGCUAUCAUUGAUGACAGGUCAAAACCCAUCGAGCGAUGGAGCUGAAGAGCCACCACCACCUGCGGAUUCUCCUGCACGACUACAACGAAUGGUGAUCGACCUUAUCGAAUCCUCAAAGCCGAAUCCGAAGACGAUGAUUCUAGUAAUUCCGGUCCGAAGGCGGAUUUCCGAGGGAUUCCCUCACUUCUAA